UGAUACCCUUAUCGACUAAUAUAAAAGUAGUAAAUUUUUAUGAAUAUGUAUCAGUCACUUGUUGGACUUAGGACAAAGCUAAACAAACCACAACACAAAAUGUACUCCAAGGUGUUUUGCCUCGCUACCCUGCUGGCUGUGGCUGCCGCCCACUACGGUCACUCGUCCCAGUACAUCUCUCGCCACGACGGGCCGGCGCAUCUCGUGCCCAUCCACGGACACCAUGGCCAUCACGACCAUGACUACUACGCUUACCCUAAAUACGAGUUCGAGUACAAAGUAGACGACCCGCACACGGGCGACCACAAGACCCAGCACGAGCACCGCGACGGUGACGUCGUUAAGGGCUUCUACAGCCUGCACGAGCCCGACGGUUCCAUCAGACACGUGCACUACCACGGCGACAAGCACUCCGGAUUCCACGCUGACGUUAAGCACAGCACCCACCACAUCGUGCCCCACCAUGGCCACCAUGUAUUCUUUGCCGCCAUUACCCUGGCCGUGGCCUUAGCUAGGCCUCAGGAUGGACACCAUCACGGGCACGGUCACGCAUACUCCUCUCAGAGCAUAGUGCUUCACCAAAGCCAUGGACAUGAGCACGGGCAUAAUCACCAUGAACACCAUUCUGCUCCGCAGCAGAUUGGUAUCGAGAAGAAACAUGAGGAACACCACCAAGAUUAUUAUGCGCACCCUAAAUACGAGUUCGAGUACAAGGUGGAGGACCCGCACACCGGCGACAAGAAGUCCCACCACGAGUCCCGCGACGGCGACGUCGUGAAGGGCUACUACAGCCUUCAUGAGGCUGAUGGCACCAUCAGGAUUGUGCACUACUCCGCCGACAAACACAGCGGAUUUAACGCUGAAGUCAAGAGGGAAGGUCACGCUAAGCAUAAUUCGGCAGGUAUGUAUCAGUCAGCAGUUGUGUUUAGCUCCAUUAGGACAAAAGACAAUAAUCCUAAAUUCAUAAUGUACUCUAAGGUCCUGUGCCUCGCCUCCCUCUUGGCCGUCGCCGCCGCCCACUACGGGCACGGGCACGGGCACGGGCACGCGUUCUCCUCGCAGCACAUCUCCCGCCACGACGGGCCCGCGCACGUCGUGCCCAUCCACGGUCACGGUCACCAUGGCCAUGACCACGGUCACGACCAUGUCGACUACUACGCUUACCCUAAGUACGAGUUCGAGUACAAAGUAGACGACCCGCAUACCGGCGACCACAAGACCCAGCACGAGCACCGCGAUGGUGAUGUCGUCAAGGGCUUCUACAGCCUGCACGAGCCCGACGGUUCCAUCAGACACGUGCACUACCACGGCGAUAAGCACUCUGGUUUCCAUGCUGACGUGAAACACGAAACCCACCACAUCGUGCCCGAGAAACACCACCACCACUACUAAAUUGUUCUUUUAUACCAUUUUACGUAUGAAUCUGUGAUCUACCGAUAAUUGUUAUGUUGUAAAUAUUUUUUUA